CUCACGUCCUGUACCAGACGCCUGCCAGGCAGCACAGGAAAACCUGGCUGCUGCCACGCGUCCUCCUGCCCCACAGCCACAGCAUCCGCGGGCAGCUGGACAGGCAGGGAGCCAGCAGCAUUCCCUGCUUCCCAUGGCUCCUGCUGCUCUCCCAGUCAGGGAUGACAGCUCCUGUCCAUCCAUCCUUCUGUGUGCAGCAUCUGGCGAGGCAGUGGUCACACAUACACACGUCUGUGCCAACGUGGAGGUGUCACUGCAGCAGGAGGUGGUGGCACUCAGGGUUUACACAGCACCCACAGGCACACAUCCACAUCCACGUGCAACUGCACAAACACGUGCACACAGCCUCAUACCUGUGCACACAAACAUGGAUAUACACAUCCAUGCACGCUUGGAUGUACAGAUGUGUGCAGCUGCACACCCACACACUCGCUCAUGUGUGCACACACGUGUGCUGUCCCCACCCCACACUGAGCCAUCUCCUGUCUGCUGCUUCUUCCCUGCCUGUGCCCUGCCAUGUUCCAGACCCCUCAGGCUACCAGCACCCCACACGUGGCCGUGCUACCCAGAAAAGCCCUGGGGCAGUUCGUCUGGGUGUGGGGACUGGGUGAUCCCCCCAGCCUGUCCCUGUCAGCUGGUGGCCAUGUGUGGGACGUGCAGCUGAGUACACAGCCCCAGCCAUCCGUCUUACCACCUGUCAGGGACAGGAGCUGCUGUGGACCCCCAGCCAUGGCUCAGCAAGACUCUGGGGUGAGAGCGGGGCAGAGUGGGGGUUCCCCUCACUGUACAGGCACCUGCCUGUUCCCUGCCUGUUCCCUGCCUGUCAUGCCAAGGGCCUGCCCAUCCCCAGCUUUGCCCUGGCACUGCUGGCACAAACCCUUUUGUGGGCUCUGCACUUGGGCAAAUGCUACAGAAGAAGGACGGGUUCCCUCAUGGGGACUGAUGCAUGGUGAGAGCUGCCAGUGCGGACACAGUGCAGACCUCUGCCCAUUUUCAUCCCCAGGAGGAUCUCUGUCCUCUUGCUCAGCCCUGCAUGUCCCCACUUCCUGGUGUGGCCCUGCAUGUCCCUUGCCCCAGUGGGACCCCUGGCCCUGGGUGCAGCCCUACAUGUCCCCAGCCCCAGCAAGACCACCAGCCCCCAGCCCAUCUCUCUGCCCCCCACUGCGUGAUUUACAGGCUCUGCACAAGCAGACAAAUGGUGAAGGAAAACAGGGCAGGAGUUCCCGCCAGCCAGGAACUGCCUGUGCCCCGCGGGGGGCAGAGGGGCCGUUUGCUCACAGCCAGCAGGAUGGGAGGCAGUGAAGUGGUGCCUGUGCCAGGCAGCACAGCUGCCCCUGUUAUGGUCCAGCAGCCACAAGCCCUGGAAGCACUAGGAGAGCCCAUGGGGGGACCCAGACCCCAGGAGCCAUACCACAAGCUGCAGGCUUGCAACCAUAUGCUUUUGCCCAUGGGGCACUGAGGAACGCGAUGCCACCCUAUUCCAUGGCCCCAGGGCACUCCAGUGACCACCUCACUGGGGUUUGUGAUAUGCCAGCUGCAUUCCAUGGCCACUGUCUCAGCCCUGGCAAGCCUCCAAGAUUUCCCCCAGCAUCCCUCUCUGGCUGUGGAGCUUCUGGACAGUGGGGACUGCAGCUGGCACUGCCAAGUCUCCCAGCCACAUCCCCAACAGCCCUGGGGCCGUCCACCAGGAGCCAGAUCCUGCCCUCCACAUGUUUUUGCCCCUUGACCUGCAUCAUGCCCGGAGCAUCGUGGAGGAGGAGGAAGGGGAGGAAGGCAGGCAGGAAGCCUCUUGCCUGCUUGGUUCAGCUGGCUGCCCCCCUGCCUGCUCCUGAGAGCGUUGGGCUCAGGGUUGAAGGCAGAGUGGGACCCGCAUUGACCUCUCUCGUGAGGAGGAGCAGGGCCAUAGUCUGUGGUAUUGAGUGCCAAGGAAUGACAAGGAGCAACAGUCAGGCUGGGGAGCACCCCCAGCCCUUCCCAGGACACCAGUGAUUCCCGCUGCUGCCAGCUCAUAGCUCCCCUCUCAGGAAAAGACUCCGUGUUUCCACUGCCGGCACACACCUUCCUCCUGGGCAGGAGGAAAUGCUCCUGGCAGUGCUGCCGGCAGUGCUGCCCGUGCCUCUCUAUGUCUCCCUGUCACCUCCCGUGGUGGGCAGGCACCGGGAACAGAGGAGCAAGGAGUGCAUCCCUGCGGGGCUGCCUGCCCUUUCUGCUCCCUGACUGCUCCGGGCAUCCUCCUGGGCACAGACGCUGUCCCAGUGGGGCAUAGCAGGAUGUGGGCAGCAGCAUGUCCCCCACUGAUAUUUCUCUGAUAAACACCCCAGGCACCACACCAGUGCCACCCACUCAUGGUUGCCUUCCCAAUCCCAGCUCCUGUGCCCCAGGUUAAUCUCCUGCCACCCUGUGCGGGACCCAGGGCUGGCAAGAGACAGCCAGGCAGGGACUGGGGACACGCUGCCUGUGCGCUGACUGUGUGUGACACUGCCCUGCAGGUGCCAGAGGCCAUGGCACGGGGAACACUUGUCGGACAGUGGCCCUGGCACUGCCACGGUUCAUUUAGCACCGUGGGCACGACCUGGGGUCAAAGUGCCUGCAGCCAGGCCAGCAUGCCGGAGUGGGGCCAGGCCAGUGGCCAGAGCCAGCACUGGCUCUGAGGGCUGGGGUGAGGACGCUGGCCGCUGGCCGCUGGCCACUGGCCGCUGGCCGGAGCUCGGGGGGCCGGCUGGGGGUGGGCUCCGGAGCCAGCCCCUCCCCGGCCGUAUAAAUCCCGAUUCCCCCUGCAGACAGUCGUCCCAGCCCUGCUCAGCUGCCGCAGCGGAGCAGCAGCGGGAAGGCGUCCGGAGCCGCCGUCGCGGCUGUGCCGGCGGGGGAAGGCUCCCCGCAGCCCGGGGGGUGCCCCCAGCAGGGCCGGGGGUGCGGGCGGGCACCCCGCCAUGGCCUUCACCAUGCUGCGCCCUGUGGCCGCCCGCGUGCUCUACCCCGACCUCAGCAUGCUCUCGGAGGACGAGGAGAACCGGAGCGAGAGCGACACGUCGGACCAGUCGUUCGGCUGCUGCGAGGGCGCCGAGGCUCGCCGCAAGCUGCCGCGGAAGCCCGGGCCGAUGGUGAUGGUGAAGCAGAGGCAGGCGGCGAACGCACGGGAGCGGGACCGGACCCAGAGCGUCAACACGGCCUUCACCGCCCUGCGGACCCUCAUCCCCACCGAGCCCGUGGAUCGGAAGCUGUCCAAGAUCGAGACCCUCCGCCUGGCCUCCAGCUACAUCUCGCACCUGGCCAACGUGCUGCUGCUGGGCGAGGGCUGCGAGGACGGGCAGCCCUGUUUCAGUGCCAUCUAUGGUGCCAAGGGCGACCUGGACAGCAAACAGCCCCGCAGCAUCUGCACCUUCUGUCUCAGCAACCAGCGGAAAGGGGGCAGUCGGAGGGACCUCGGGGGCAACUGCCUGAAGGUGCGAGGGGUGACGCCCCUGCGAGUGUCACGGAGAUGAGCCGGGGUCCGGCAGCACCCACCUGAGACAGCGGCAGAGGCAGACGGAGCCCGCACACGCCAGCCCAGAGACCGCAGCGGGGAGGGAGGGAGCUGCUCGCCUGAGGCGGCAGCGGCCGAGCCCAGGCUGGCACCACACCGACACUGGCCCUGGAGCCGGCAGUGGGGCGAGAGGACGCUCCCGUGGCCGAGGCUGCCCACGCGGGGCAGGGCCGGGGAGGGGGGUCCCCGCGCCCCGGGGCUGGACUGGAAGGGACCUGUGUGCGGCCGGCGUCGAGGCGCUCCGGGGGGACAGUGUCGUGGCCCUGGGGAUGCUGGUUGUGCACGUGCAGCUGCUUGGAAAAUAAAACCUUAUUUUUCUGA